GGUUGUAUUAUUACUUUCUCUCUUUCAUGGCGUCAUUUAAUGUUUUUUAAUCCCAUUUUUACAAACCACAAAAAAGACGCACCAAAAACUCUGCCCUUUUUGUUCCCCUCUUUCCCCUCCUUUUUUUCCCUCUAAUCAUUACUACACUCUACACUCCUAUUCUUUCUUUUUAUAACGUCUUAUAUUGGAAAUCUUCUAUAUUUUUUUAGAGGCUUUGUUGGGUUUUAGAUUUUCAACUUAAAAGGAAGAAUUUAAGAGUUAGGUUUGACCUAAUUUCUGGGUUUUUUUUCUCUAUUUUGAUGGGUUGUUUUUGGUAAGAUAGGUUAGUUUUUUGAUUCUGCAGUGUGAGUUAUGAAUUGGGUUAAGGGUUGUUUUGGGUAAGAUAGGUUAGAUUUUGAUUUGGGUUUUGCUUCUUUCUCGUCUGCAGGGUGUAUUAUGAAUUGGGUUAAGGGUAAUUUUGAUUUCCUUGCUAAAUUUAAGGCCUAAAUUGGAGUAUUAUCAUUUUGAGGCAGUAUAAAGCUUGUGCAUUAUUUGCUGCCAUUGUGGCAAUAAUGGCUUGUAUGAAAUUGGGAUCUAAAAAUGAUGCAUUUCAGAGAAAAGGGCAGGCUUGCUUGAUGCUCAAUGACUUCAGGGCAAUGUCCUUACCUUUGGAUUUCUGAGCGCAUUGCUGCUUGACGGUUGCAUGUAUUGGACACUUGUAUCCAUGCUUCAGCUAACUGUCGGAUGUGGAUAGUUUAAAGGUUUUGAGUAGAAGUAAUGCUAAAUGGAUGUCUAAUGAGGUUCUGCACAACUGGUCUUCCAAGCGACAUUACCGUUGAAGUUGGCGAGAUGUCAUUCCACCUUCACAAGUUUCCUCUACUCUCACGAAGUGGUUUCAUGGAAAGAUUAAUUGCACAAUCUGAUAAAGAAAACGAGGGUUCCGUUAUAAGCUUAAGUGAUUUACCCGGUGGAGCUAAAAUCUUUGAACUUGUUGCUAAAUUCUGCUAUGGGGUAAAACUUGAACUUACAGCCUCAAAUGUUGUAUACUUACGUUGUGCCGCUGAAUUCCUCGAGAUGACUGAGGAGUAUGGAGAAGGUAAUCUAAUACAUCAAACCGAAAAUUUCUUGACUCAAGGUGUCCUUAAAAGCUGGAAAGAGUCUUUGAGAGCUCUUCAAACCUGUGACGAUGUACUUUCCUAUGCUGAUCAACUCAACAUUACAACGAGAUGUAUUGAAUCGUUGGCUGUCAAAGCCAGCACUGAUCCCAAUUUAUUUGGCUGGCCAAUCGUGGAACAUGGUGGGCCAUUGCAAAGUCCGGGUGGCAGUGUUUUGUGGAACGGUAUUAGCACAGGUGCUAGACCCAAAAGUUCAAGCUCGGAUUGGUGGUAUGACGAUGUGUCAACUCUGAGUUUCUCGUUGUACAAGAGGCUGAUAACCGCCAUGGAAUACCGGGGCAUUAAGCCAGAAAUAAUUUAUGGUUCUGUUGCUAAUUAUGCCAGAAAAUACCUUCCUUGUUUGAACCGGCGUCAGGGUGUAGGUGAAUCGAGCUCUCGCCUUGGCCCUCCAUCAAUGACAAGCCCACCUUCUGAAGAAGACCAGAAGCUAUUGGUUGAAGAGAUUGACCAGUUGCUUCCCAUGCAGAAGGGACUUGUGUCGACAAAGCUCCUUGUUGGGCUCCUGCGAACAGCCAUGAUACUUAAAGCCGACACAACUUGCGUAUUGUCUUUAGAGAAGAGAGUCGGAAUGCAGCUUGAUCAAGCAAAUUUGGAAGAUCUUCUGAUACCCAACUUCUCUUAUUCAAUGGAAACUCUAUAUAAUGUCGAUUGUGUACAAAGGAUUCUCGAGCAUUUUUUGUCCAUGGAUCAUGCUGAUGGUGAUGCUUCUUCUUGCUCCAUUGAUGAUGGUCGAUUGAUGGGUUCACCUUCUUUGACACCUAUCACAAUGAUUGCUAAAUUGAUUGACGGAUACCUUGCCGAGGUGGCACCCGAUAUCAAUCUGAAGCUUCCUAAAUUUCAAAACCUUGCUGCUGCUGUUCCCGAGUAUGCUAGACCCUUGGAUGAUGGACUUUAUCGUGCUAUUGACAUUUACCUCAAGUCACACCCUUGCUUAUCAGACUCAGAUAGAGAACAACUUUGCAGGCUGAUGGACUGUCAAAAGCUUUCCUUAGAAGCGUGCACGCAUGCUGCGCAAAACGAAAGAUUACCCUUAAGAAUAGUUGUACAAGUUCUGUUCUUCGAGCAAUUGCAGCUAAGAAACUCAAUCGCCGGCUGCUUCCUGGUUUCUGAAAAUCUCGAAGGCUCGAGACAGUUGAGAAGUGGGAUGGCAGGAUCCAACGAAGGAGGUUGGGCGACAGCAAUGCGAGAGAAUCAAGUAUUGAAGGUUGGAAUGGAUAGCAUGAGAAUGCGGGUUUCUGAACUUGAGAAAGAGUGCUCAAACAUGAGGCAAGAAAUCGAAAAACUCGGUCUAGUGAAAGGCUCUAGCACUUGGGGUAAUGUCUCAAAGAAAUUUGGUUUCCGAUUGAAGUCUCAAAUGUGCAGUGCUGAACACGGAUCAGUUAGUAACCAUAGUAUUGGGAGUGGAAAACCCGAGAAGUUGAAGGAAAGACAUCGGAAGCACAAAAAGAACCUAUAAUCGUCUGUCUGUUCGAGCCUCCGACCCUUUUUCAUCGUCAACAUUUCUCGAGUUACUUGAUCGGUUUCUGAAGUGUAGUGUGAUUGAUUCCAUCCUUUAAUCUCGUGACCACAACUUACGUACAAAUCGUAUUAAUCUCCGUGAAUUACUUGUGUAUUCUUGGUAGGGCAUCUAGUGAAAAGUGUUGUAAGAUUUGUGUUGUGAUAUAGUAGUACUAUUGAACUAUUCUGCAUUUCUGCUACAUGCUUUCAUCUUUGAAUACAAUUGGUAGCACAGAAAGCCAAUAUGUGCUUUAAACAAUGACUCAAAUUCUCACUACGAUUUAUCAAAUAAAUUAAUUUUCUGAAUUUAGAAUA